GCUUCACGCAGUUCGAGAGAGAGAGACAGAGGAGUCGGGUCACCCGCAUCCGUACCGUUACAGUCUCACUCCUCGGCGUACAAGAUAACUCCAAGAGUGGACGGAGGGCGACGAAGACACGAAGCACGUCGUCACGUUCGCGCUGCAUCGAUCUCGUUUUCCUGUCCUCGAUCAAGGAAAACGCGAGUCCUGCGUUUUCUUGGAUCACUCAACGCACCGGUCACCACCUCCCUUCUCUUUCUCCUCCUCCUCCGCUUCCUUUUCUUCUCUCCCCAUCUCUGUUGUUCCAAGUCCAGAUUGCCACAUAUUUAGGGUUUCUUCGGCGCAUCUGAUGAUCGCUUGACGGUUCCCUGAGUUGCUCCGGAUCCGGGAAUUAGGGUGACAUGGGGAGCUCGGAGGACAGGGUGGUGGCGGUGAUCAUGGUCGGCGGACCCACGAAAGGAACUCGCUUCCGGCCUCUUUCUUUGAACGUUCCGAAGCCGUUGUUCCCCUUGGCUGGUCAGCCGAUGGUCCAUCACCCGAUAUUGGCCUGCAGAAUAAUCCCCAAUUUGGUGCAAGUAUAUCUUAUUGGAUUUUACGAGGAAAGGGAGUUUGCGCUAUAUGUAUCGGCCAUCUCCAAUGAGCUCAGAAUCCCUGUUCGGUAUCUGCGGGAGGAUAAGCCACAUGGCUCGGCGGGAGGGCUAUACAACUUUAAGGAUUAUAUAAUGGAGGAUGACCCGUCCCAUAUAGUUCUUCUGAACUGUGAUGUUUGCUCGAGCUUCCCACUGCCAGAUAUGCUUGAGGCUCAUAAAAGAUAUGGUGGGCUUGGAACAUUAUUAGUAAUCAAGGUAUCUGCUGAAUCUGCCAAUCAGUUUGGUGAAUUGGUCGCAGACCCUGUCACAAAUGAAUUGCUCCACUAUACUGAGAAACCAGAGACUUUUGUGAGUGACCGUAUCAACUGUGGUGUGUAUAUAUUUACACCAGAGAUUUUUACUGCCAUCCAAGGUGUGUUUACACAAAGGAAAGACACAGCUAACAUGCGCCGUAUGAACAGUUUUGAAGCUCUUCAAUCAGCAACUAAAGCACUUCCUGUAGACUAUGUUAGGCUGGAUCAGGAUAUAUUGUCUCCUCUUGCUGGAAAGAAGCAACUGUAUACAUAUGAGACACUUGACUUCUGGGAACAGAUCAAGACCCCAGGGAUAUCUAUAAAAUGUUCUGCCUUGUAUCUGGCCCAAUAUCGCUAUACCACUCCACAUCUUCUAGCUUCCGGUGAUGGCACUAAAAGUGCCACCAUUAUUGGUGAUGUUUUUAUACAUCCAUCAGCCAAAGUACAUCCAACUGCAAAGAUUGGUCCUAAUGUCUCCAUAUCUGCAAAUGCUCGUAUUGGAGCUGGUGUGAGGCUCAUUAGUUGCAUCAUAUUGGAUGAUGUUGAAAUUAAGGAAAAUGCUGUUGUUAUACAUUCUAUUGUUGGGUGGAAAUCAUCUAUAGGGAAAUGGUCACGAGUACAGGCCGAGGGAGACUACAACGCCAAACUUGGAAUCACUAUCCUCGGAGAAGCUGUUGCAGUUGAAGAUGAAGUUGUGGUGGUUAACAGUAUUGUCCUGCCGAAUAAAACCCUCAACGUUAGCUUUCAAGACGAAAUCAUCCUUUAAUUUGUUUUCCCAGUUUUUCCUAAUUAUUCCCACCUUGUUUGAUGUACACAGUUAUGCUUUUGUUAGAUUUUUCUUUAUUAGUGUCUCGAAGAGAGCAAAGCUGCAACUUCCUGCAGCUUAUAUAUUAUUGGACUGGUGGUUUAUUGGGUUAUAUAUGUUUUGUUGUAUCAACACGCAACUAUUGACCAUAUAAAUGACAAUUUUAAUUAGCUUAUUUUU